AUGCAGACACCAGCGUCAGGACGAAAGGACCGGGAGGACUACACGAGGCUUGCACGAUGCCAAUACCGUAUGCUCCACAUGCAACACAGCAACUACGAGACUAGCGACUUCAGAAGCGGCCGGGUCUCGAUUAUGAAGAAGGUCAUGGAGCUAUUCCCAAGCUUAGAACUACCGGAUUACCUCCUCACCCUGGAGAGGCUGGCGUACAUGGAACAGGGGAGGCACUUGCUCGAGGACCACGCCUAUGAGUUCAAGCAGCUUGUAUACACACUCCCGUCCAAAUAUGAAUCACUCACCGUGACCUGGUUCGUCCGCAGUGUGUCUGAUCGGGUCUCGAGGAAGAUCCUGAACGGGAUACUUGCCACCUUUACCAGCACUGGAAUGGAGUGUAGUCUGGAGGAUAUCAUUCAGAUAGCAAUGGCAGUCGACGAGGUCGAUCUGGAUGACCCCCAGCCCAAGAACCCAACAGAACAGUCAGAGGCCGACAUCAAGUUGCUCAUGGACGUGGUUGCUGUCCAGAAGAUUAUCAUCGAGACCCUGGCGGACCGACUUGAACAGACUCCGACCUCUGAUGCACCGGCCGAAGAUAUACAAGACCACACCUAUCAGCAACCAAAUCAACUGCUGUCCGAGAUACAACCAGAGCGUCCAGCCUGUGCCCAGCAAUAG